CCUAGUUAUCGGAAAAGACUGAGAUAAGUAAUUGUAGACCUACCUGUGGGGUACAAAACCAUGUUCAAUAAUAGUCUAACCCCGCUUAGGAGCGGACAAGUUCAGUCUAAGUAAACGAGCUGUUUCGACGGGCUUGGGUCAGAGGGAUUAGUAAGUCUUUAGGUGGAGGAGGGGCCAGAUCUCAAUUAUUCUAGUAUUAAUGUUCGGCUUCGGUCAUUACAUUGCUAAAUAAAAGUCCCAAGAUUUGUCAUUCAAUUUAUAUAUAUAUAUAUAUAGAUCAGUAACAUUUCGAACGCGCUUGUGAGACUAGUAAAGUUUGAGAGUUGUACAUUAAACUAAUAGGGGUCUUCAUCUAAACAGAUAAAGCGAUAAACUAUGCAAAUGUUUAUCUGUUGGCGGUCGCGGCUGCCGAGUGGCUAGCGUUGCGUACUGUCAUUUGGAAGGCUCGGAUUCAAAUCAUGGUACAGUCAACAUACAAGAAAUUAAAGAAAAUUACUUAUAAAUAAGAAAUUAAACUAAAUUUUCUAAUUGUAAUCGUACGUAUGCAGAAGAUGUCCACCCCUACGAGAGUAUUUCUUACACGAAAUAAAGAUCCUCAUAAAAAACCAUCAGCGUCCCCUUAUGCCGAGUUGCUGACGAGUGCUCUCAGAAAGCAUGUUGGAGUCGAUGUUGGGUCCUCGGAGUGUACGCAUGACAAGAACACUGGAAACAUUUCUUCCGUCUAUUACAACAUGAUCGACCUGGUUUACGUUUUUCGAUCUGGAGACAGCCAAGCAGCAUGGGCACCUUAUAUUGUACGGAAAACUCAGUUACUGGAGCAGGUUGACUGGGAUGGAUGCUUCUCACCUUGCAGCAGCAGCGGAUCUCAAAAAUAUUCAACAAAACUUUGCGAGACGUAUUUAUACUUCAAACGAGCCGUCACUAUGACGUAGGCGUUUGUGGAGCUUAGAAGCUGCGUCACCGAGACAUGACACUAUUAAAUUCUUUUGUUUGUGCGGUUUUGCUGAUUUUGAAAACGAAUUUAUUGUUAUACAGUUAUUUCUUUUCUAUGCUAUAUAAACCAUGUACCUGAUCCAUCUAAAAGUAUUGGAAUAAAGAUCGAAUCUUAAUAAUUUUUGUAUGUACGUAUAUAUGUA